CAUUCCUCCUUCCGACCUCUCCCGCUGCCCCGCCCUCUCUCCGCACUCGCCAUGGCGCUCCCUCUGCGCGCGCUCUCGCGCAGCAGUCUGCGUGCCGCUGCCUCUGGCGCCCCGUCUGUCGCAGCCGUGGCGCGGCGGCGAGCGCUGCACAGCCUGCCCAGCCUGCCGCUGCCGCUGCGCUUCACGGGCGCGAGCAGCAGCAGCGACCGCGCCUGCGAGCCGCUCUUCUCGCGGCGCACGCUCGACCUCAUCUGGGAGCACUACCAACGCCGCCUGCUCGCCCGUCUCAACGACCUCGUGCGCGGCACCGAGUAUGAGAACUCGUCGCUCGUCGAGACCGUCAUUGGCUCGGCGAGCAACCCGUCGCAGAUUCUCAUCUUCAACACGGCCAGCCAGGCGCUGAACAAUGCCUUUUUCUUCCACGGCCUGAAGCCCAAGGAGCUCGGCACGGCCCCGGGCAUGGCGUGGGACCAGCUGCCGCAGCCCGAGCCGCCGAAGGCGCUGCUCGACCGCAUCGAGACGCAGUGGGGCUCGUUUGCCGCGUUCAAGGACGCCUUUUCCGCGACGGCGACGGGCAUGUCGGCGUCGGGCUGGGUCUGGCUGGUGCGCGACCAGCAGGGCAACCUCGGCAUCGUGCCCACGCACGGCGCCGGCACGGUGCUGGUGCAGAACCGCGUGCAAAAAAACCUCGGCAGCACCUUCGAGGCGUCCGUCGGCAUCGAUGCGCAGGGCAACCCGCUGCCGGAGGCCGCGGCGCAACGACCGCAGCAGCAGGGCCGUGCCGCGUCCACCUCUCCGUUUGCGGCCGCGCCGGCGCGCAGCUUCAGCAGCAGCAGUGCGGCCGCCUCGACCUACGCCUCGGCGCAGCGCGCGUUCGGGCAGCAGCCAAACGACAGCAAGGUCGGCGAGACGCUGCAGCCGCUGCUCUGCCUCUCGGUGCACGAGCACGCCUGGCUCCCCGACCACGGCUUCGAGCAGGACGUGUACCUGCAGCGCUUCUGGGAGUGCGUCAACUGGACGCGCGUCGCGAAUCUCUGGGACCACGGCGAGGCGGUGUACUCCGACUAGACGCGAGGGAGCACGCAAUUCAAAGCACGCUUCACUCGUUGUGCCAUGCUG